AUGACAAUGAUUCGCGGCGCGUUCCAGCGUGCCUCUCAAGCCCAACAGCCUCAGCCUACAGCCUCGUAUCCUUCAAACCACCAGACUCUUAGCGAUCCGACCCGUGAUGAAGGCAUAAUCGAUGGACUAGAUGAAGAAGACACUGCUGUUCAAGGUCUCAACUUCGGCCGUCUUGGCCAGUUGGCACGAAGUCAGAUGAUGGACACUCCUCCUUGGCAGUCAAGCAAUCCUCAGGAUGAAGAGAUCGACGAUGAUACUCUUGCUGCUACAGGAAUUUCUAGAGCGAAA